AUGGGAGCCCUUCAAUUCCCACCCGGCAUUGACCCAGACGAUAUGAUCGGGCAAGGAAGCAGCGGAAUAGCAGCCCUGGAUCCCAAAACAAAGCACAUCAUAAAAUUUCCAUUCAACGAAGACGAGGCACGGGCUGCAUGCGAUCGUGAAAAGGAGAUUUACGAGCGUUUAGAGCGCUCACCACUCCCACGGCCAUCAUCGCUCUUGAAAUACUACGGCCCUAGAGACCAAGGAAUUCUCCUCGAAUACGCAAAGCACGGUACAUUGCGGAGAUACGCAUAUGGGUUGGAUCUUCCAAUCCCACUCCCUGCGAUUCUUCGCUGGGCCAAACAAGCAGCGGAAGCGCUACAGUUCAUCCAUGAAAAUGGGAUAGCUCAUGGCGACGUUAGCUGUGUGAGCUUUUAUGUGGACCAAUUUCUGGACGUGAAGGUCGGUGAUUUUACCCGGUCGUCGGACGCGACACCGCAGGCUGUGAAGCAAGAUAUAUCGGAUUACGGCUCGGCUCUUUAUUAUUUGGUUACAGGACAGUAUCCUUAUCAAGGCCUGCCAGAGAAGGAAGUGGAGGAGUGCUUUAAGCGAGGGGAAUUUCCGGAUCUUACGGAUGUGCAGUUGAAAUCGAUUAUUCAUCCGUGUUGGGCGGGUCAUUAUAAUAGCUUUGAGGGGUUGCUUGUGGAUGUCCAGGGGCAUAGUGCCGUCAGUGAUAGAAAACUUAAAUUAUUAACUAAAGAAUUCCUGGGUAUCAUGCUUCGGAUUAUAACAACAGGUUUAAUAGAUAUCCCAGCUGGGACUGAUUAUUAUAUUCUUUUAUCAGAAAACAGCAUGACGGAAACAGCGGUGAACGCGAAACGCUGGGAAUAUCUGGAAAGGAAAGAAAUAUCUUUAUCUUAUUAUUCAGAUUAG